CAACAAGGCACACAUUGAUUGUUUAGGCGAUCCAAGUGCAAUGGAAAAGCGCACAUGACACAAGAAUAUUGUCCUGGACCACUACAUGACCGACAUGAUUCGUGGCAUGUUUUGCAGGUUUGCGUGGGUGGAUCGUAAUAUUGCAUGCUAAGGCAUUCUGUACAAAGCGAGCCUUCAAGCAUGAAAUGAUUCGGACAGGAUGUACAUGCUAAUGGUCCGGCAGCUGUUGAUGGGGCGAAAAGCAAAAGAAACAUUUAUAAUAAUGGUGACACUUUUGACAACCAAAAUCGGUCUUAAAAAAUCCUUCAGGACAUUCUGGAUGACAUUCACCAGCUGCGAGCUUCCAUCCUGGUGGACAUUUUACACAUUGAUCUCUACGGGGACCACUGCAUGUGUCACAACUCAGAUAACACUUGACACAACUGCCACGGUCACUGUAAUAGCUGAAAAGUAUAAUGAAAAC